GCAUACAUCAUAGCUGCUUGAUCAUCAUCAAAUUGGGCUGCACGUCCUGAACCACCUACGUCUAUAAACACGUCAGUACUUUGACCUAAUGAUGUACGUGCGUAAUCAUUAAUUUGAAGUCCGAGACAGAAAAAAAGAAAGAGAGAUGGCUGGAGCUCAGGCGUUUGUAGCGAUAGCUGUUGCCUACAUUGUGAUUAUAAUGAGCUUGGGUUCUCUCCGAAGCGCUGAAGGAUGGAAGGGCGAGGAGCCCAAGUUCAUACACGUUGGAGGAAAAGUAAUGUGCCAAGAUUGCACCCAAGGUUGGAACCAAUGGACACACGGAGCAGAACCUAUUAAAGGCAGUAAGGUGGCCGUGACGUGCAUGGAUGCAAGAAAGCGGGUAGUAUAUCACGUGAGCGACGACACCGACGAGCAAGGAGAUUUCGAUGUGCUUGUAAGCAAGUACGUCAACGGGAAAGAGGUAAACCCAGAGAGAUGCGCCGUGAGGCUUGUGUCCUCCCCCGACCAGGCCUGCAACGUCAUGACCGACUUUGGUAACGGCCGGUCAGGCGUCAAGCUUUACCGGCCGUCUCACGUUUAUCCUGGAAUGGUGAAGUACACUGUUGGCCCGUUUUUCUUCACGUCGCCGAUGUGUGAUGAGCCGGAGACGACGGCGGAGCAUGCUGAGUGGAGGUGGAUAUUGAUGUGGUUGGUUGCAAUUGAUGUGUAUGGUGUGUUGUUUUGUUUUGAGAUUGAUUUCAGGUUGCUUUUGAGUUUUUUUGGGGGUUAAUUUUAUGUACAAGGGAGUUGAAAGAUACAAUGGUCAUUAUAUUCUAUAUUCUU